CGGCGGCCACCUCCGCCGUUAUGGCUAUGGCUACGGCUAUGGCGGCUUCGGCGGCGGCGACGAAUCGAGAGGAGUGUUUUCGUGCUCCACCCACGUGGCAGCGCGUCGUGGAAGUGAUAUCUUCCGUCCUGGAACCUCGGGGCAUUGAUUUAGUCUCGCCGCUGUCGCUUGAUUGGUACAAUGCAGACGUGGACGUGCGUCUCCGCUGUCAUCCGAGCUUUGGAGGAGGAGGAGAUCCGAUCCCAAUCUCGAUCCCGACCAAUGGCGAUCGGGAGUCGAACGGGAUCAGCACGCUCUCCCCUCCCAGCGGUGACAACGAUCCCGAUCCCGAUCGGGAUCAAGAUAGCGGCGGCAGCCGCUAUGACGCCAAUGCCAAUCCAGUAGCAGCUCGAUCUCGACCGUCGGUAGGACGCCGGCCCGCUCACGACGAUGCUCUCUCCGGAAGCACCGCGAAGUGGCCGUGCGGCAACGGAGCACGAGAUGCAGUGGGAUUGACAGCUGGAUGCGGGCGUACUCUGCUGCAAUCCUCAUCAUCGAAUGGAUCUCAGACACGUGGUGGCGCCACCAAACCUGCCACAGAGACACUCCUUCCCCCCUCCUCCUCCUCCUCCUCAUCAUCAUCAUCAUUAUCAUCAUCAGCAUCAGCAUUAUCGUCAGCCUGCUGCUCGUCUUUGUCCACUGAGCUUGGCACCAUUUCCACUUUUUGUCGUUUCUGCGGCAGGUCUCCCUUGGCCAGGCCAUCGUCAUCACAACGGCCGCCACCAUCGCCGUCGUCGUCCUCGUUGCGGCCAUCGCCAGCUGACGAAAAGGACUUGAAAGCGAAUGGAAACGGAGUCACUGUGGAGAGAGGGAUCGAAGAAGAUCCUCCUCCUCCUUCUCCUUUGGAGGCCAUAGCUGCUUUGGCUAUCGAUCCUGCUUCUUCUGAUUCAGCCAUGGCGGCUAUGACGGCGCCGGGGUCUUCCUCUUCCUCGAUACUGACUGCGGGAUCCUCCACGUCAGCAACCAAUGGGUCUACCUCUGUUCUCCCCACGAUCUGCGGCAAUGGUCGAGCUGCUAGCGAUGGCGCCGGCGAUGGCGGGCAGGAGGAUGGCAUGCCAUUGGGUAAUGACGAUGACGUUGAACAGGCUGCUGGUGCCAGCGAUGGUGGGCAGGAUCUGGCAGGGGAAGAAUAUGAAGUUGGGCGAGAAAAACGGAAAUGGAACGUGAAGGAAAAUGAAGCGAAAGGCGGUUAUGGUGGCUAUCUGGCUAUUCUCAUCGGCAAUAGCCGAGCAAUGUGGUCCAAGUUCAUCGAAUCUAUCAGUCAAAAGGGAAGCCAUUAUUUGGACGAUUGUGCGCACCCGUUGAACGAGUACGUGGAAGAGUCUAUCGUGGAAGCCAUCGAUGCAGCUGAUACAUAUAUGCGAAGUUGCACCUGGCCUGACAGGUUGACCGUAUCAGGGACGAUGGGCCUUUGUGUCUGUGGACGUGAUCGUUUGACUGAGGAGUUGGCGAUUCAACGAUCUGAAAAACGGUCUGGAAAAUGUGAAAUAUUCUGGGGUCAUGACACCAGGCCUGGCAGGUUGAUCGCCAUCCAAAGAAUGGCUCAUAUAGCUGGUGUGGCUUUCCUGGAUCAGGUUUCUCAUCUCUGCCUGCACCCUCAGUUCGGGCCAUGGUUUUCGUUAAGAGCCGUCCUUGUAUUCGACCUGGAACCACCGACUAUUCGCCCAAGGGAGCUCAAAAACCCUCUGACGCCGGCUGUUAUCCACAAAGUUCAAGAUGCGCUGAAUGUGGCUCUGAAACUGGCAGCCGGAGCUACACAUGAUGACUGUGGAGGGGGACAGAGGAAGGCAACUUCGAGGAAAGUUCAUGGGACCGGAAAAUGGCGGCGAUGGGUAGAAGUGCGAGAUCAGAUUCAUCCUGACCAUCCAAUGCGAUACUCAGAAGAUCAGAUUGAUUAUCAUUACACGUCAAACAGAGACUUGCUCAAGCAGUUGACGACAACUGCGCACAUGCUGCUCAGACAGACAGAUUGCAGAAUGUUGUUAGCACAGAGGAAAAUUGUGAUGGGAGGAGGAGGAAGGAUUUCGAAACUGGAGAGAACUUUUGUGUUUGAAAUGUUAUAGGGAGUAAUCACACUAGGACUGUUUUCCUUAUGCACAGAAUUGUGGUGAGGUAUGCGCAAGCAGAGCCGUAAAGGCAGUCGGAAUGUGUCGGAUACAUUUAAGUUAGAGCCAGUGUGAGUACUCCCUUCAAAGGCUUCAAUAAUGUUUUUGAUGCACCAACAAAUAUUGGAAAACGUU